AUGGCAGUUGGUAAAAUGACAGUUCGAAAUGGUUGUCCAUUUAGUGUAGUUUUCUAUUGUCUUGCUGGUCCAAAAUUUGAACUUGGACCAUAUGAAACCAAAACAGAGAGUGCAUGUCUUAUUUGGUUUUCAACACGAGUUGCUGGACCAGGAACCAUUUCAAAUACAAACAACUUUCAAAAGGAUAGUACCGAUUAUGCAAACCAUCUCAAAAAGUCAUACAAUCCAGUUGAACUUGGCAAGGCUGCCAAAUCAUUUGUCUUUUUAGAAAAAGAUGCCUUUGAAUGGGUAUUCAAGAUCCCCAACACCACUGUACCAACUGCAAGAGGUAAUGAAUGGUUCUUUGGAGCAAAAAAGGAAGGUGUCUAUGGUACUUCAGAUCUUGUUAUCCUUGCUGAUAUGGAUAUUGCACAUUCACUUGAUCCAAAUUAUCCACCAUGGGUACAUUUAAGAAUUGAAAAGGAUGAAGGUCAAGGAAAAUUACCAACCGAUUUUAUGACCAAACCUUCUUAUAUUGAACCAAAUCUUGAUAAAUAUGCAGAUGUAUUCUUUUGUAAAUUAUUAAAUGUUCAACACAAGAAUUAUUUAUCGGCCAAGAAUUAUGGACAAAAUGAUCUUACAAUGAGUGCAUCUCAUAUCCAACCAUACGAUCCAUUCAAUUUCCAUGAAUACUUUGCUGUACAACCACAUCACUCUGGACAAAGCUAUGAGAUUAAAAUCUUUAGCACUGUCAAUGGUAAUAGUGGUCAGAUAUCUCGUUAUGUCAAGACCUCUGGUGGUAUUGGUGUCACUGGUGAAUCUGAAUCCAGUGACCAAGUUUUCACGGUUGCCUUGUUACAUGAUAACCCUCCAACUGUCAGACUUUCUCAAGGUGGUUAUCAAUUGGUUGGUUCUGACAAUAACAAGGCCCCAUUCCUUUAUCCUAAAAUUGAUACUGCUUUGGAUCAACAAUGGAAUGUAGAGACUUAUACAGUUGAUAUGCAUAAAAUUCCAACAAAUAGAAGAAUUAGAAUCAUGCAUGCAAAGACUGGUAUGUUUCUUUCUGCUUUAAAUGAAAAGAUGACAUUGGUAGAGGGAACUGUCAAUAAUGACCAAAUGUGGUUUUAUAUUGAGCCAGCAAAGGCAGCCAACAACUAUGACAUUGUUCCAAAUCAAUUCAUUAUUUCCUACUAUCAGGGAUAUAAAUAUUAUUUGGGUGCCAAUCGUGACAAACAAUUUGUUCCUGGAGGUUAUUAUGCAUUUGCAAACAAAUGGGAGUUUCAAAUUGGUGGAAACCAUUCUGGUUUUCUCAUAAAGAGUCUUGUUGACGAUUGGUCAACAUUGUCACAAGGUUAUAAUAAUCUAUUUUAUAAAAAUGGUGAAUUUGCUUUUUGGUGUGGUGAUUUUGAUGAUCAAGACAUAUUUGUUCUUCACAUCACAACACUAACUCUCACCAAUCUAUGGGAUCUCCUUUCUUGUUCGCACCCACCAGCACUCAAACCAUCUUGCUCUAAACAAUAA